CAAAAGCUACUAAAAUGGCAAAGAUCUUGGGUUCCAUCUGUUUCACCACUCUUUUGCUCGUUGUCUUGCUAAUUUCCUCUGAAAUCCCGAAGAGCGAGGGUCACUGUAAGAAGUUUAUAGGCGAAGCCCCGUUUUACCACCCAUGUAGGGAAAAAGCUUGUGAAGCCUCAUGCAAGGAACAUUACCCUCACGUAGCAUGUAAAGGAGAGUGUGAGGAUCAUCACGGCGAAGAGCAUUGCCACUGUUACGGUAGUAAAUAUCACUGAAGUUAACUAAUAAAGUUUGUGUCACUAUAUAAUGUAAUAAGUGUAAGUUGUUUUCUUUCAAAACAAAUAAAAGGACGAAGCUGCUGAUGACUGCUUCCUCCAUACGUCGACGUCUAUAAUAAGAUCAUACUAUGUUGUAUGCUAUUUCGUUUUAAUAACAUAUAUACUACUAUACUAGCUAUCAUCGUUUUGAUGAUUUGAUAUAUACUUCUCUUCCGUUUUUAUUAAUA